AUGUCAUCACCAUUUACGACUUUAAAUAAAUAUAGAAAAUUACCUGUUUCAAAAAAUCCAACCAUAUCGUCGAUUGACGCUCCUGCUACUGACAAUACUAUACCAGAUUCUCAAACAGCAAGAUUAAAUGGUUAUCGAUAUUCCACUCCAACCGAUCUGGAUCUUCUUCAACUGACUAUGAAUCGAAUGCAAAAAGCUGAAUCAGAUGUUUGUUAUUUGACUAGCGAACUAAAAGACAAAACACAACGUGUUGCUGUUCUCGAAGAGAAAGUUCGUCUUUAUGAAAAAGCAUUACAUAAUCAACAUGAUGAAUCAUAUAAAAUAGAAACUCUUGAAAAAAAAUGUAUUCGUUUACAAUCAAUUAUUGAUCGUAUGGAGGAUCUACUCAUUGAACGUGGCCUUGAAGUUGUUGGUGAACUAAAUGAACCUGAUAAUGUAAAUAUUUUAACUUUUGAUGAAGCUGAUCGUGUUGAACAACAGCAAGAACAUCCACCAGCACUAUCUGCACCAUCUACUUGGCGACCAGAAGAAUCAAUUCCAAAGAUAUUACCAAUCAAUUUUAAUAGUAUUGUUGAAAAUAUUAAUGAACUUAAUGUAUUAGCAGGUGAAAAUGAAGUACAUUUUGAACCACAAAAUAAUGAUAAUCAACGACGUAUUUCAACAUUAAAACGUACGGAAUCAAUCAAUAUAACACUCUAUGCUAAUGGUAUUUUCUUAUUUAAUGGACCUUUUCGAUCAUUUUCUGAACCUUCGACUCAACAAUUUAUUCGUGAUAUACUUGAUGGAUAUUUUCCAUCUGAAUUACAAAAACGUUUUCCUGAUGGUGUACCUUUUAAAGUGUCUGAUAAACGUGAUAUUUAUUUUACUGAUGAACGUAAACAAAAAGCAUUUCAAGGUGAAGGUUAUGUAUUACAUGAUAGUCGUGUUGUGCAUAAUAAUCAAAAUACUGAUCAUUUACCACCAAUUCCACAGGGUGCAAGAACAGAAUCAAAUGAUCAACGACCAAAAGUUCCUAUGAAUCAAUUUCUCAAUCGUCUCCCGAAGGCCGUUAUUAAGAAUGGUCAAGUAAUUGAUAUUCGUCAGGAUAUUGAGCAACAUUUAGCUGGUAAACAAGAUCCAACACCACGAUGUGACAGCGUGAUAAGUGAAUGCAAAACUGAUGCUGAUAAUAAUAUCCCAUUCAGUACACUUCGUAUUCGUUCUCAUGAUGGUCAACAAACAUAUGUCAUAAAAAUGAAAACAACAUGUACAAUAAAAGAUGUAAAACAAAUUAUUGCAAAGAAAAAAAAAAUAUUAUUUGAUUUUGAUUUAUUUGCUAUGGGUACAAAAUUAUUUUUUACAGAUGAAAAUCAAACACUUGAACAAUGCGGAUUAGUACCAAAUGCAGCGUUGGGUAUUCGAGAAAUAAAACAUAAUAUUGUUAAAAAAUAA